CAUGACGAUGCUUUAUCAUCUUACGCCUGGUGUCUGGGGCGUUGCUCGCUAUUAGGCCUUUCUUUUGUUAUCUUUGACUCCCCUCUUGUUGAACUUAUCUCCGGCGUGAGAAGAUAUCCUUUUGACUAUUCACCCCGCGGCAUCCUAUCUCCAUGGCCCCGAUCCUCCGCUAGUCCGCGACAGACCUUGCUGCAGUCUCCUCAGAUCACCCCCCCGAAGAAGCACCGGGUCUCGUGCCAGUCUUGUGCUCAUGUCGGCUGUCAUUUCGGACCAUGCUCAGCCUGACUCCUCUACUACCGGAUCCGACCCCUCACAGUUUCGUCCUACAUCCCCAUCCUUAAACAAUCCGCAAUCGUUCUCUCCUCAGAUGGAGCAGGUCGCACAGUCGAGACCGGCCCGAGGCUCGACACCAGGCGAUGCAACUGAUCGCCUAGCCGUGGGUACGGCGCAGACGACUGCCGUCGACGAUGCCUCCACCCCGCGUCCGUCGCAAAAGAGCCGUGGCGCUACGCAAGAAGUCAACAAGCGGAGCGUGGACUACUUAUUACGAAGUGGAGUGGCGGGGGGUUUGGCGGGAUGUGCGGCCAAAACUGUUGUCGCUCCUCUCGACCGCGUCAAGAUCCUGUUUCAAGCGUCCAAUCCACAAUUCGCCAAGUAUUCCGGUAGCUGGUUUGGCUUAAUAUCCGCUGUUCGUGACAUCAGGCGCCAUGAGGGCCCCAGAGGUCUCUUCAAGGGCCAUUCGGCGACAUUACUCCGCAUUUUCCCCUAUGCCGCUAUCAAGUUUCUCGCCUACGAGCAGAUCCGAGCAGUGGUGAUUCCGUCGCGCGACAAGGAAACGCCGCUGCGCCGACUCGUCUCUGGAAGCAUGGCCGGCAUGACUUCUGUCUUCUUUACGUAUCCGUUAGAGCUUAUUCGAGUACGCUUAGCAUUCGAGACGAAGCGCACGUCUCGCUCGUCGUUCCGCGAUAUCAUCCGGCAGAUUUACAACGAGCGGGUCACUAUGCCAUCAUCGACGGGGGCAUCAGUAAAAGAAGCCCCAGUGACCGCCACUGCAGAAAGUGUCUCAGCGACGGUGAACAAAGUUGUUCCUCGUUCUGGACUGGCCAACUUCUACCGUGGAUUCGGCCCGACUCUCAUGGGAAUGCUUCCCUACGCCGGAAUAUCCUUCCUCACCCACGACACCGUCGGCGACUGGCUGAAAUCGCCGACGCUAUCCCCUUACACCACGAUACCUGAAUUCGAAGAAACCGGACACCCGAAGAAACAUCAUCGGCAACAACUAACCGCCGCUGCGGAGCUUUUCUCCGGAGCGAUCGCGGGUGUUGUAUCGCAGACUUCCUCGUACCCGUUCGAAGUGAUGCGACGACGCAUGCAAGUCGGCGGCGUCGUCGGCGAUGGCCACCGACUUGGCAUUGUCGAGACUGCCCGCACGAUAUUCCUCGAACGGGGUUUCCGUGGCUUCUGGGUUGGGCUGACGAUCGGAUACCUCAAGGUGAUUCCGAUGACGGCCACCGGAUUCUUCGUUUAUGACCGGUUGAAGGGAAGACUUGGCAUUUAAGAACCAAACUAAACCACUGUCGAUCUGCAGAAUUUGUCUUCAUUUUAUUUUCUUUGUCUAGAUAUAUACCGAGUUGGCGUCGUUGGAUUCGAUACCUGCACCUGCAUUUGUUCAUACCCAGAUUAUCGCAUGUACGAGAGCCUGGUCUGGGCUCGGCUUCCAUGGGAAUGGAUGACGGAAUAUUGUAUAUACAUAUACACUUUACAAUGACUGUUGCUGCGCACUAUCUCAGUGAGAGCUGAUAGUUGCGAUCAGUUGAUAGUUGGAGCGAUCUACACCUUAUCGCGAUCAUAUGCAAUCAUACAAAGAGAACCGUUAUAUCAUCCAG